GUAGAAGGGAGCAGGCUGGCCGCUGCAAAUCAUGAGCAGAUCAGAUUGCUUCCUUUUGGAUGACGAUGACGAUCAUGAGCAAGCGCGAAAGUGCAGGGGUUGAAACCAAUCGUGCAGCUGCAGUGCCAGCACGACUGUCCAAAAGCAACCAGCUGCUUUCUAGCAGUGGCGCCACAGCACGAGCAGGGCCAAAGUGGGAGGCGUUUGCAGGAAACCAAUCACAUCCAUUCCAAUUGCUGAUUGCAGCAAGCCCUGCAAGAAAAAGGGCAAAGUUUUACAUCCUAGCGGGCAGAAGUAGCGGGGCCCUCUUCAGGCUUGUACGCUACAUGCACGGCCGUUCUAGCUAGAAAACAAGAGUUUGCAUCAGAGCCUGUUGCAUUGUAGACAGUCCUCCUCUCUUCACUGUCACUGGACUGUCACCUUAGAAGUUCCCGGCAUAGUGCCGUGUCCAAUCGAUGCACAGCUUAUUCGCCUUCAUUCACAACAUUUGGCUUCUAGAAUUAAUUGUGUUGUUGCACCUUGCUUGCAUCAAUAUAGUAUUGUAAGGGCCAAACUUACCAGUUAGUGUAAGCUUCAAACGUUGUGUUUGAUCACUCAAGGGCGACGUCACUAAGCUGCCGGCAGUAGUCACAAGUCUUCAUUGGUGACCAUACAAUUCCAAGUUUCAACUGGGUCACCAAUUGCGAAGAUGGCGUCCAGUGGAAUGCACGUUGCUACAGGAGACAGCGUGCUAUCGGUGCGCAACUUUCCCGCAUCCUCUUUGCCAGCCAACACCGUCAGCGCUCCCCCACCAGCAGGUGGACACCAUGUGGACCUGGAGAGCGGGUUCACAGUCAAGGAGGCCCAUGGGGUCCAUGCAGGGGCCGCAACAGAUCAUGAAACUCUCCAAGCUGUCGGCAUUCGGCGCCACACCUUCCUCUCCAAAGUGUGGCAGCCCCGCGCGCUGAGUACCCCCAUGCUGUGGCGCGACGUCUUCGUCGAGUUCCUUUCCACGGGGCUCUUCAUCUUCUUUGUCAUCUCUGCGAUCGUGUUCACGAACUUCACGUUUGCGGGAGGGGUCGGGCUCUUCGGCAUCGCCUUCGCGUUUGGCAUCACCAUCUUCGUGUUGGUAUACUCGAGCGCGGGCCUGUCGGGCGGUCACAUUAACCCUGCGGUGACAUUUGCCAUGUUCCUGGCGGGCAGAAUUGACGUCAUCAAGGGACUCCUGUACAUGUGCGCCCAAGUUGUGGGAGCAAUCUGCGGGGCUGCAAUCGUCAGGGAGAUCAACACGCCGUUGUACAACCGGGUGUAUGGCGGUUGCAACUUCGUGCAGAGCGGCUACACAGUUGGUGGUGCCUUCUCGGCGGAGGUCAUCGGGACUUUCGUGCUCAUCUACACCAUCUUCGCGGCGACCGACCCCAAGCGAUCCGCCCUCGAGGUGUCGCCUCAUUUAGGGGUCCUCGCGCCCCUGGCAAUCGGCUUCUCCAUCUUCGUGGUGCACAUUGCGCUCAUCCCCGUAGACGGCGUCUCGAUCAACCCCGCGCGCAGCUUCGGGCCGGCGGUCGUGCUCAACGACAGCCACAUUUGGAAGGACAUGUGGAUCUUCUGGGUGGGGCCUCUGACUGGGGCCAUCCUGGCGACUUUUGUAUACGAGGCUGUUAUCCGAGGUGGGGCGGUCAAGGGCAUGCAGAGAUACAUCCAGUAACUUGUGGCUUGACGCGUGUUUUUAUUGGCGAAGAGCUGAAGCGCGAAGACAGAGAAUGGGAAGUUUGACAGUAGGUUCAUCGUUGGCAAGAGACGGUUCCUUCUUGAAGUGGGGACGAGACCGGCAAGUUUGGCUUCGAAAUGUUGCCCCGCAGCAGGGUAUUAGGGUAUUUGGAGUGAGGGCGACAAAAAAAGGGGGAGGACAAAGGAAGAAGGGGCUGACAGAGAAGGUACGUGCAACCUGGAACGGGUUGAAGUUACAGAAAACACUUUUGGUUCCUUUCGGACCGUUGAUGCUUUAGUAGUCAGACAUGGAUGUAAACAGUAAUAGGAAAGCCAUGGGGACGAAUUGCUCGCUGCUACGGGUUGAUCAGAUUGCGCACCAAUAGUUACAGCUCAUAUAUAUAUCAUGUGUACUGGCUCGUUGAGAUAGAAGAAAUGGAGGUGUGGUUUGGGUUCUGAGUACCUCCCUAAACGCGAAUCUUGACAUAGAUAGUCCACAGAAACUGGUUGUUAAUCAGGUUACCAUAGGAGCCGCCGCGCACGCACAGUGACUGUCAUCAGACGAGUUUGAAAUUACACUUCGAUGUUGUCACGUUGACGACGUCUUUGGGAACAGUUUGCAAAAUCUCGGUCUUUGUUCAUACGCA